GCGGCCCAGACUGACGUGCUGCUCCGGGUGUGUGUGUGUGUGUGUGUGUGUGUGUGUGUAUGUGUGUGUGUGUGUGUGUGUGUAUGUGUGUAGCUGGAUCCGCCGCUGUCACUAACACAUGUAGGUAGCUGCAGCGGCAGAGCGGAUCGGCCGCGCCGUGUGUGCGUGCGAGACAGAGCGUAAACUCCCCUCGCUCCCUCGCCAGAAGGACGAAGCCCUGUCCUCCACCAGCCUCCACUUGGCCGUCGUUGUUGCAACAACCCUUCUCCCACCGAUCUACCCGAACGGAGAGGCUCCUGGAGUAACCCGCUGCCCUGCAUGCACACAGAAGUUAGCAGCCGGACAUCUCAAAGCGAGAACUUCGGUUUACCUUGUGUCGUCGGCAGCGGACACGAGACAGAAAGCGCACAUAAAGAGCUUUCAUGAUAUUUCCAGACAGCGAGCGAUUAAAAUAUCAUAAGGCCGAUCUGUUGUGGGACUGCGCUGUGCAAGACUGGCGAUUGGAUUCCUUCAUUUGCAACUGAAUUCUAGACGUGUCUUUCAAGAUCGUCGCAAAUCGUUUUUAAAAAAAGCACUCCACAUAUCCGCACGCACAUACACACACACUACCGACCAAGCGGAGAGCAGAAUCGAUCGGAUUUGCAAUUGAAAAAAAACAUAAGCAUAUAAUGGUGAACAACGGGAACUCACAGACGCCCACAGCCGGCGUGAACCGCGCGGGCCUCGCUUGGAAAACGUGCGCCGGCUGCGGGGGCAAAAUCGCCGACCGGUUCCUCCUGUACACAAUGGAUAGUUACUGGCACAGCCGCUGUCUCAAGUGUUCCUGCUGCCACGCUCAGCUCGGAGAGAUCGGCACUUCUUGCUAUACGAAGAGUGGAAUGAUACUGUGUAGGAACGACUACAUCAGAUUGUUCGGGAAUAGCGGAGCGUGCAGUGCGUGCGGACAAUCGAUCCCAGCCAGUGAGCUGGUCAUGAGGGCACAAGGCAACGUCUAUCAUCUCAAGUGCUUUACCUGUGCCACCUGCCGAAAUCGUCUUGUCCCCGGAGACAGGUUUCAUUAUAUCAACGGCAGUUUAUUCUGUGAACAUGACAGACCCACGUCCCUUAUCAAUGGACACUUGAAUCCACUUCAGAGCAAUCCUCUACUAUCUGACCAGAAGGUUUGCUGAGGUGACUUGGAGCAGUGCAGAAAAGCGUGCCUUCAUCUUUUCAAUCUGGCUCAUCGCAAGUGGACCCCACUUUGUUCCAGUAGACAGUCAUGUUUUUUGGCUGGUUUCAAUGCCAGGUACACGACGACAUUGCACACUUGUAUACCCUCGCUAGUUUGCUCUCACCAAGCUCUUCCUGCAUUCAAAGUGACUUGAGGACACCAGAUUAAGGAUUCUGUGAACCCGGGGCUAAUAACUGUUCAGAGGGUGUGGGGGUGGGGAGGGGGGUUGUGAAGGUAAAAAUCAAAUGGCCAUUGAAGGACAUCUGGGAUAAUGACAAAUUAAAUUCAUUAUUGGAGGUUUUGCGACGUGCUACGUACCUACAUUAAUAUUUAGCAGGGCACUGGCCUUGGGUUCCUCCCCUCCCCCUUGUAUUCUAUUUUUCUUUAAAACAUCCUUGGCAAAAAAAAAGUGUCGGCU